AUGUGGGUGUUUGAUGGCACACUGAACAAAGAGAUGUCUCUACAAGGAUACAAAUUCCUGUAUUGGUACGGAGUGCAUUCAGCUCAUCCUCUGGAAGAAGAAGCAGUUGUUCCAAGGCCUCUUAAUUCAGGAUUACCAUGUACCGCCGGGCCAUUGGGUAUGGCCAGUGGUGAGAUCCCGGAUACCGGGAUCACCGCUGCAUCCAGCCACAGCUCUUCCUAUGCCCCAACCAAGGCUCGUCCGAAUUCCGUAUUCUCUGCAGGAGGGUGGUGGCUUCCAAGUAUUCCAUGUGGGACUGAUGACUGGAUCCAGGUGGAUUUGGGUGCCUACACUGGCGUCACUGGCGUCGUCGUGACGGGACAUUCAGGUGGCAACCACUAUAUCAGAACCUUCACGGUACGGUAUAGUAUGACUGGUGAGUCGGAUGACUGGCAGAGCUUAACCGACACGGACGGGCAAACCAUUGAGUUGGAGGGAAACAAUGGAUCAGGUGAAGCAGUAACUGUCACCUUCCCUGAGACACUGAUGACCAGAUUCAUCCGCAUAUAUCCAGCCACCUGGAGUAGUAGCGAGUGUUAUUUAAAUUUGGAAGUGCUAGGAUGCCGAGACUUGGACAGCAUGCUUCGCCUCGUGGACGGUGAUGGGAAACGCUCCGGUCGAGUCGAAAUCUACCAUGACGAUGCUUGGGGUGCGAUAUGCGACAACGGCUGGGACAUGAAAGAGGCCAGCAUCGUGUGUCAUCAGCUCGGCUUCUUAGAAGCAGAGGAAGCCACCAGCGUGUCCUUGGAGGAGAGUGAGGAGGAAGUACCCAUCGUGAUGAACCGAGUUUCCUGCAAAGGGUCUGAGAGGCGCCUGGUCGACUGCCCGUUUGUCUGUAGCAGCAUCCAGCAGUGUAACAGCUCACACGUAGCCGGAGUGACAUGCAAACCCAACAUCAUUCGGUUGGUCGGCGGCUCGAACCACACCAAUGGCCGCGUCGAACUUUACCAAGACAACGCUUGGGGCACCCUCUGCGAUACCGACUGGGAUGUGAGGGAUGCCGAGGUGGUCUGCCAUCAGCUGGGCUUCUCGGGCGCAGUGGAGGCGAAGUCCGGCGCCCAUUUCGGCCAAGGGGUAGGCCCCGUGUACAUGGACGGCCUCGCGUGCGAUGGGUCGGAGACUAAGAUCUCCGAAUGCCCCUCGUUUUGCUGGGAGGAGGUCGCAUGCAACCACACCCAGGAUGUCGGUGUGGUCUGCCGCCAAGAAGACGUGGAAACUGUUACCGUGAGUGACACCAUAGAGCAAGGACGGGGUGACAUGCCUCUUGAGUAAAAUAGUUCACCUGAUGAAGUUCAAAGGACGCCCUGGGGGAACAGGAAAUAUUCUCACAUUUUGGUCCAUUAUCCUAUUUCAGAAGGAGGAGUUUAGGUAAAACAUUCAAGCACGUCCAAUAAAUGAAUGAAAAAAAUGAUGAGUUUCAGGAGCAUUAUAAUAUGGCUUUCUCGAAGCGGAGUUUAUUCAAUGACUGCAUGAAAUUCAACAUUCAAAAGUGUAGGUUUCAAUUCAAUAUAUAUGCAGUAAGUUCUACUUUGACACAAGUGUGAUACUGGAAAAAGUGGAGGUAACAAUAUUAUUAUGAGCUCAUAAUAGAAGAAAUCAUCCUCAAGUAUGCAUGUUAUCGUGUGAAAAAUAUAUCGUAUACAAUUGCAUAUACUUAUUGAUAUUUUAAAUCCGUUAGAAUGUAUCACAUUAAAAUGCAUAGUAUGUAUUUUCAAUCUGUUAAAUUGGGCAGUUUAUACGCACACUACUUUAUGGAAUGUGGACAUAAUUGUCAAUUAAUGACUUCACACACUUUAUUACACACAUUUGGCCUGGUUCAAUACGUUUUAAAUCUAAAACAUUUCAAAUGUUUACCGAUAUGGCAGAAAAUAGUGUUUUCAUAAGAAUUCACAAUCCUCUACAAUCAAGAUAUGCCCAUCAAAAUUUCGCAAUUUAAUCAAUAUAGAAACACGAAAUCACCGUUUUCAUUAAUAAAGUUGAAACAAGUUACACUUGAUGUAUAAAGUUAAAGUUGAAUACCAUAUACAGCUUUGUACACAGUAGCCGGUAUAUUUCAGUUAAGAAAGUGCUAGAUUCUGAUGACAAUUUUCCACCGAUUUACUAUAACUACAAUAUCAUUCUUACAGGAUUGAAUCUGUGUGCGUGGUUUGAUGCGGUGGGGGAAUUCAGUCCGGAUUGCUUAACCUUACAAAUGGUCACAAAUGUCCAAAAAUAAUUUUUUCGACUUUUCCUUCCCCGAGUUAUUGACUUUGAACCACGCCCAUAGAUAUUUUUGCUUAUAUAGCUAGAUUUAGACAGAAUGCUAUGCGUGUUUAUUUACUGCGUCAUUAUUGACUAAAUUUGCAUGAUGUUUAACUAAUUGAAGGAAUAUGAUCCUACAAUGUGAUUCAUAUAUGUAUGUUGCUCAGAAACUGCAAUGCUUGUGCUAGCAAGCAAACUUUUGUUGUACAUGGUGACUGGUAUGGGCUCCGUGCGCAAACCGAGAGGGCGCUUUUUGACCACUUGCUAGAGCCCCGAUGACGGGACACACCGCGAACGCGUAAUGUACGUUUGCGAAGUACACGCAGCUAUAUAUAACAUUAUGAAGUUGACGUUCACAAAGCCAUAGCGUCUUCGCGUGUGCGCCGGGCGUCGUCAGCAAUGCGUUGGAGUGUCUGUCCCAGUGGUCUCCCCAACUCUCCUUUUCUUACCGUUGAGGGGGUACUUGUGCACGGAGCCCAUAACACAGGAUGUCAACUGUUGUCCAGUUGGUGCACAUUUCAGUAUCAUUCUAUCGCAAAUGUUCUGGUAGAUUACAACCAACUCAUGAAAAUGGACUAAGGAAGCACUUUGACAAUCCAUUGAACUUAAAUAUCAAUGAACAAUCAUAUUUCAGUUGCAUUAUACAAUGUCUUGAGACAUAUUUCAAACGCAUUCUAGGUAAAAUGUGCGUGCUAUACAUGUAUGACAAUAAAGAAGCAUUCAAAGGCAAAAUAA